AUGGCACCAGUCACGCACAUCGCCCUUGUGCAGUUCAAGGCCGAGGUAUCGGCAACGGAAAUAAGCACGGCCAUCGAGAACAUGCUCUCCCUCAAGGACCGCUGCCUCCACCCGGUGACGGGCAAGCCGUACAUCCUAUCGGCCAAGGGCGGCGCGGACAACAGCAUCGAGGGCAUGCAGGACGGCAUCACGCACGCCUUCGUCGUCGAGUUUGCGAGCGUCGAGGACCGCGACUACUACGUCACCAAGGACCCUGCGCACCACGAGUUCUUCCAGAGCCUGGGGCCCGUCAUGGCGAAGGGGCAGGUGGUCGACUUUACGCCUGGCAAGUUUUAG